GAACCCGGACGUUGGAGCCCAGCUCUGGUUGCGCUUUCACUUUGAGCUCCUCUGCUAGGACUGGGCUCUGGCAGGGCCCGCGGAGGGAGGGCCGCCCUCUGCAGAGGGAGCCCUGGGGUCUGCUCAGCCCUGCCCAGCUCGGUGCACCCACACCCAAGGAGGAAGGAGUGGGGCCCUCUCGGGAACAGCUCAGCGCAGAAAUGUCAAAGUGCCUGCUAAAGGCAGAUGUCCGGUACCUUGUGGCCUUGCUGGCACUGCUGGGAAUUAUCACCCUCUUCCUGAUCCUGGCUCCAAUGAAGGACGUUUUCCUUCUUCCGAGGACUAAAUACGGCCUGGUGUUCGACGCCGGCUCCACGCACACGGCUCUCUACAUCUACCAGUGGCCAGCAGACAAGGAGAAUGACACAGGCAUCGUCAACCAGGUGGAGACCUGCGCCGUGCCUGGACCCGGCAUCUCCAGCUAUGCAGACAACCCUGCUCUGGCUGGAGCCAGCCUGAAGCCCUGCCUAGACAAGGCCAUGACGAUCAUCCCAGCAAAGCUGCAGCGGGACACCCCCACCUACCUCGGGGCUACGGCAGGCAUGCGGCUGCUGAGGGAGCAGAACAGCACCAAAGCUGAGCAGGUCUUUGCCGAGGUCGUCAAGGCCAUUCGCCAGUACCCGGUGGACUUCCGUGGAGCUCAGAUCCUCACGGGGAACGAGGAGGGCUCCUUUGGCUGGAUCACUGUCAACUACCUGCUGGAGACGCUCGUCAAGUUUUCCUUCGCAGAGAAAUGGGAACAUCCACAGGCCACGGAGGUGCUGGGAGCUCUGGACCUUGGAGGCGCCUCCACACAAAUCACCUUCCAGCCUGGAGGUACCAUUGAGGACAAAAACACCUCCGUCCUCUUCAGGCUCUACGGCACCAACUACUCGCUCUACACCCACAGCUAUCUCUGCUAUGGGCAGACGCAGGCCUUGAAGAUGCUGCUGGCGGCUCUGCGUGAGGGCAGCUCUUCUCCCCAGCGGAUAUUGCACCCCUGCUACCCGAAGGGAUACCAGGAGAACAUCACCACGACAGACCUCUACGACAGUCCCUGUGUCCCCGCACCGAGCACACCCAGCACUGCCCAGGUCCUCACGGUGACGGGGACAGGAGACCCAGUGGCGUGCAGGACCGCCAUCCAGAAACUCUUCAACUUCACCUGUGGGGCCCACAGGACGUGUGGGUUCAAUGGCAUUUAUCAGCCCCCUGUGCAGGGGCAGUUCUUCGCCUUCUCUGGGUUCUAUUACACCUUCCACUUCCUGAACCUGACUGGCCAGCAGUCUCUAGGCCACGUCAACUCCACGAUCUGGGCCUUCUGCAACACCACCUGGAAAGAGCUGGUGGAGAACUUCCCGGAGGAGAAGGAACGCCUGCACAUGUACUGCUCCUUUGCUGUUUACAUCCUGACGCUACUCCUCGAUGGCUACAAGUUUGAUGAGCACACCUGGAGCAGCAUCCACUUCAGCAGGAAGGUUGCUAACACAGAUGUGGGUUGGACUCUUGGCUACAUGCUCAAUCUCACCAACAUGAUUCCCUCGGAGACUCCCCAGCAAGGCAUAGCUCUCCAAAGAAGCAUGUGGAUGGCAGCCACAGUCACAUUGUUCAUCAUGCUAUUCCUCUGCUUCUGGCUGUUCACGGCCAUAUGUCACCAGAGAAAAUUAGUCAGUUAUGAGACUUUCUAGUGACACCGUCCCCAGAAGCUGUCGAAGCUCCUUGGUCCUGCUGUCACACUUGUGUGAGGAGCUGCAGACUGGGGGAAUCACACCCAUGUCCAGGAGCUAUGAACUUUUAAUAUAAGGUACCAGCACCCCAGCCUGGUGAUCUGGUACUGGCACAGGCCUUAUAAAAUCUCUCUGUAACUGUG